CCUUAUAAGCCAAUUGUGCAUGGAACUUUUGGAGUCGACCAAUCUGAACCUUGGGAUGUAUUGAUAAAACAAAUUAUAAUUAUAAAAGAUUUAAUUGCUGAAAUAAUAGUUGGAAGCCGUGGAUUCAGUCAUUCAGAUUAUAAUGGUUUAGUACCAAUAUAA